AUGAACCCCAUUCCUGCUGACUGGGUGUUGGCUACAACUCAUCUUGCCAGUGAUUAUGUCUACCACCAGUUCUGUGCUCUCAUCAGAGUGAGGCCAAAGGUUCUUCCUCCAGCAGAGCUCAACUCCAUCUUAUUUAUGGCUUGCUUUAAUUUGGUGAGAAUGCUUGCCGACGCAUAUCUGAAUCCAGUUGUCCUAGACAAAUUUGGCGUCAUUGUCCUGUGGUAUCUCCCAGGAGCAAUUGAUCCAGCAAUCCAGAAUGAUAUGAUGGUGGCGACCCUGAUGAUGUCAGGUCCUCUGGGUAUGAGUGUCACCCGCAGUGGAGCGGACAAGAAAUGGUACACACAUGAGUCCAAUUUUCAAAGCAGUCAACAAGGUCUUACCCCAGGAUGCAUUAAUCUCUCUCCAGGAUGGUUUUUACAAGCUCAUCCAGCUCCAAAGUUUCAUCCCGAAGUAUCAGCAACCCUCAGAGUGUGUGGUUCAUCUUUAUGCCAGGCAAUGCAGAGACCGGCGGCUCUUAUUGCUGCUGCAUUGAGAGUUAUGCACCCCAGCCUAUAUUGGUCGUCAUUGACAACGAAGCUGGGACUUAGUCUAUGGGCAGACAAUAAUCAAUUGGAGGAAAUGGGAAAUCGCCUGCGAGAAUGGGUGUCUGUGUUUACAGCCCUCGCCGUCAUGUGCAACCGGUGUUCACCCUUGCACCAUGAUACUCUGUCCCGAGCUCAGUGGUUUAAUGUCAUGACCAGUGUUGGCAAUCAUUCACCGGUGCGAAUGCAGAUGCCCAAUAUUGGCGUUGAAAUCGCCUAUAAUUCAGGUGUUAUGGUGGGUGCUUCAGGCAGAAUUGUUAGGCAUGGCAUGGAUAAGGUGGAUGGUGAUUGA